AUGGCUUUUAAACGGCGGACCGCUGCUCGUCACGAUCCGAGUUCUAGUACUCACGUUGCCGAUUCUGCAGAAACAACUUCUUAUGAUGGAAGCCUCGAGUAUGUCGGGGAGCUGGGUGGCAACGAUGCACCACCGACGUACCAAGAGGCUGGCGGUGCACCGGUGGAGAGCCACUCGCCCCUGGGAUACUCUGUUGGGCCCACCACCAUCCUGUUUCUCAACAUCAGUAUGAUGAUUGGUACUGGUAUCUAUUCGACGCCGUCGGCUAUUCUAAGUGGCACAGGCUCUGUCGGUUUGAGUAUGAUCUAUUGGGUCUUGGGUGGAAUCAUCUCGCUUUGCAGUGCUUCAGUGUUUCUAGAGUACGCAGCAUAUUUCCCGAGCAGAUCGGGAGCGGAGGUUGUCAACCUUGAGCAAGCUUACCCGAAGCCACGACACCUCUUCCCAACUUCAUUUGCGAUGCAGAACAUCAUACUUUCGUUCCGGAGCAGCAACUGCAUUGUGUUGGCCAACUAUCUUUUUGCGACUGCUGGUACCAAAGGUACAGAUUGGCAGAUAAAAGGCGUAGCCAUCGCUGGCUACACGGUCGCCAUUUUCGCUGUCAUACUUCACACCAAAGGUUCAUAUUAUCUUAGCAACGCUAUCGGAAUAGUCAAGCUCUUAACAUUGGUCUUCAUCGCAAUCACUGGCUUAGUGGUCCUGGGUGGACACACCAGUGUGCAAAAUCCCACGGAUAACUUUAAGAACUCCUUCCAAGGAACUGCCACGCCAUACGGCUUAACCAAUGCGCUUUACAGGAUUAUCUUUUCCUACGGAGGCUACAACAACGCUUUCAACGUUGUAAACGAGAUCCGGAAUCCUGUCAAGCAGAUCAAGAGGAACGGCACUAUCGCAAUCGUAGUGGUCAUGACAUUAUACGUCUUUGCAAAUGUGGCAUUCGUAGCUGCUGUUGGCAAGGAAAAAUUAGAGAGCUCCGGAACCAUUGCAGCUAGUCUGUUCUUUUCUUCUGUUUUCGGGUCCACCAACGCUUCCCGGGGAUUGAAUUUCUUGAUCGCCCUCAGUUCUUUUGGUAAUCUGAUAGCCGUGUUGAUCGGCGCCGCGAGACAGCUCCGAGAAUGCGGCAGGCAAGGUGUUUUACCUUUUACUCGCUUCUGGGUUUCGACAUGGCCUCUUGGUACCCCGGCUGGCCCUUAUCUUUUCGACUGGGCUUUAACGGUUAUUGUCAUUCUGGCAGUUCCUACUGGCGAUGCCUUCAACUUCGUGAGCGACUUGGCUGUCCUGCCUAAUGCUUUCUUCAAUCUCGCCAUGGCGAUUGGAAUAUAUAUUGUACGCUGGCGACGCAAGAAGGCCGACCUCCCUCAGCCGUCUUUCAAGGCAUGGCAUCCCGUGGUAAUAUUCAACAUACUAGUGCAGCUUUACCUUGUUGUCAUGCCCUGGUACCCACCCGCCGGCGGAAAGGGGGAUGUCUCAUUCUGGUAUGGCACUUAUGUGGUAACCGGUAUUGCGAUAGUCCUUGCAUGUGGCCUUUACUACUUUAUUUGGGUCAAGUGGCUGCCACGUUUGAAAGGAUAUCGCCUUCGGCAAGAAGCAUUGCAACUAAGUGGAGGUGAGCAGACGCAUCAACUUGUCAAGGUGCCUCUCGAGGAACUUGCCGAGUGGGAUAGGAAACACGAUGCCGUUGGGCGCUCUGUUGAUGCGAAUGGGUCCUCUCCAGCCCAUACUGAAGUUGGUCUUAUAUUGUCGACUGGCGAGAAAGGCAUAAGUAGUCUGGCGUAG